GCUUUGUACCCUGUCUUCCGUCCAUCCUUAAGUAAACAACGCUUGCCUGACUCAUUUGCUGGCAGUUCCAGUUCCAUUUCAGACGGUUCGAAGCUUCCUCUAGAAAGCUUUAGUUAAGCUCUGCAAGAGGAAAAGGUCGGGCUACCCCAAUCCUAAUCUCAUUGAUUUGUAUGCAUAAACAAAAGCUUUAUGCUCUAUCCACAAUCUUCUUCCGAUUCGACCCACAAUUCCAUAUUCCAUUCCCUCUGGUCUGCUUCAAAAUAUCUCGAUGUUUUUUUCCCGCAUUUGUGGAACUGCAGUAGGCGGGACAUUUUCAGUCUCAUAUUUCGAUACGUUUUACCAAAAUUUAAUCCGGAUUUGUUUAAUAUUUUGUGCCUUUGGCCACAGAAACUCCAACUUCCAAGCGAAAUUCGAAUUUCCCACAGCCAAAAAGCAGUAAAAAAAAAAAAGAAGAAAACAUAUAUAUGAAGAAAAAUGUGCAAUCGAACGCGUUGGGGACGCAUCGAUCCCAGUGUUCAGGUCGAUUUGGUGCAGGGUCCCGCUGAUCGUGUGCUCCAGCUGGACCAUAGAACGCUGCCGGGUUAUGUGGAACAGCAGCUGCUGUUGAUGGCGUCACCAUCGCCGUUUCUCAAUUUCCUGAACAAGUUUCGGCUGGACGAGAUACUAAUCAAUCAUCAGCUGAAAGGCGUCUACACGAUGCGCACCUCGGCGACGGUCACCGAAGUGGCCACGCACGCCUGGCGCAUCAUGAGCAUGGCCGAUCGUCAGCCGUACAUACGGCUGGCCCGCAAGGCGCAACAGAUACAGCAGGCGCGCGUGCUCCAUUUUCUGGGCAACAAUUGCCGCCGGCCCGCGAAGCCGUCCUAGUUCAAGUUUCAAGUUUUUAUUGUCGUUCCAUUUUGUUUGCUUGACUUGUCACUUUCCACAUGAAAAAUACAACAACUUAUUGAUUGAUCCCUCAUACCUAA